UUUCCCAAAAGAAAUCAAAUUUUAGUUCAAAUUAGAUAAUAUACAUUUCUAUUCAGAAUUCAUAAAAAUAUUUUCUGCAAAUACUCACAUAAGAGUAUAACAAAAUAAUAUUCAACAAUUUAAAAACUAUUUUUACCGGUAAAGUGAUUAGUUUAUUUUUUUGUAAAAUACAUAAAUGUGACAUAAAUAUCAUAUGAAAGGAUAUAUAUUCAUAUUAACCUGGAUAUUUUAUCUUUUUUGAUGAAAUGCUUCUCGGAUUGUCUGCAAUAUUGUUUCUGACGAUGACACCGAUAGAUUCGGUGCCACUGCCUGGAGGAAGUUACGAUGAAUGUGGAAUCAGAUUGGAAAGGGCGCUAGAUGCUCUUCAUCGAGAAUCUAUCAGAAAAAAUAGACUCGAUGACGAUGACAACAGCGUCACAUAUCACCAGCAAUUACAAACAGCACCUCUUGAAAUGACAGUCUCUCGAGUUGCUGUAAAGCUGCCGCUAGACACAAGUACUCGUGGUGGACCAUGGGCUCAAGUUGAAAAUUGUUCCUACGAGCCGAAUGAUAAUUCAAUUCAAACACGUGUUCUUUUCAAUGAUUUAUCAGUUUCUGGAUUAGUAUCGUUGGUUCCACGUGACUAUCAAGCUCAUUUUCCUUCAGAAUCCUGCAGAAUGACAUUGAGACUUCGUCGAGCUGGUAUUGAAUUCUAUACAAGUCCCAUCGCUCGAGGACGAGGAACUAUGCGAAUUCGGACAGAAUCUAGUUUCAUGGAACCCAGAUUUGCCUCCAUCUAUGCGUACGGUUGUCGUCCAAAUAGCAGAAUUGAGAAACAAAUUAAGAGACAAGACAAAUGGCCAACGCAUCAUAAACCUGAUGAAGAGCUCAAACUAGUGAUAAAAUCUCCACACUUGAGUUACGAAGCAGCUGAACCGCGAGAGUUGGCGGGUGUCGCUAACGAAGAAGACGUUGCUAUAGUUAACGAAAGUCUACAAUCUCGAGAGUUAUACGCACCAGAUGCUCGUUUAGGAUUAUGGCGCAAAAGUAAUUGGAUCACGAGGUCGGACAAUCGUAAAAGAAGAUCACUGGAAAGUGUUACUAACAAUUUAAAACUACCUGACAGUCAAAUAAAUAAUAUCGGUGUUCGUAAUGAUACCAGAUCCCAGAAGCAGAUAAGACCUCUUCAUAUAGCAAAGAACCGUAAAUAUGAAAAAUUCCGUAAUCAAUCGAAGCUUCAUCACAACAUGUUUGAUAAAAAUGAAACUAAAGUUCCAUCAAGAAGAAGAAAUUUAAAAGAUUCUGCAGCUGUUUUAGCCAAAUGGGUUGAAAAAAAUAUUUCAAUAAUGAUCGACAAUAAGACUCUUGAUUCUAAAUGGAGAUUGAAUGAAGAAAAAAAUAUUUCAAAUAAUUCUGGAAAGGAUAAAAUUUUCACAUUGGAAAAUGAAGCUCCAAGAGAAACAAGAGAAAUUCUUCUUGAUGAAAAACUGUCUAAUGAUUUCGAAGUGACUAAUAGAGAUUGGCAGUCGAGAGAAAAUGUGGCUAGAGAAAUGGAAGAUGUAUUUUUAAAAGGGGCCAGUCAAGCAGUAACGCAGUAUAUUGAAAGACAAUUGCAUACAGCUAUCAAAGAAACACUAAUGCUUUCUAUGGGUUAUACAAUAAGCUAUGGAUAGACACUUAUAAUCAAUCAAUCAGUAUUUCUUCUGUAAGUCAGAAUUUAAAAAUCUUAAAUUAAAUUUUUGAAUUUAGAUUUAAGUUUCUCUAUACUUAUUUCUCAUUUUUAGACUUAAUAUCUAAUAUUCUAGUAAUGUUUUCAUGACACCUUGACAGCAUAAAUGCAUAAAAUCUAGUACGAAAAUAGAAAUGAUAUUUAUUAACGCGAAUAUUCUCAAAAAUAGAGAUGGGACAUGAUGGUGCUCUGGUUUUUCGAAGUUACGAAAAGAUGUAUUAGUCCGUUCAUAUUUAUCAGCAUCAGAAAAAACUGUUGUACCGUCAAUUGAUUCCCCUUCAAAACUGUACAUCUCUCACAAGAAAAUUUAGAUUUAUGUCCAACCAUAUUUUUUAACAAAACUCGUGCUGGAGUAUCACCAAUUAUACAUUUUAUGCCAACCUUGAAAGUUUUGCCAAACAUUCGCAAUCUAUUAGAAAAAUACCCUAUAGAAAUAGGGUAAGUGUACUAAUUCCUGCGGUAUUUUGGUCAAGACGUCUUUUAACUAUAAAAUAUAAUUUUUAUAUUGAUCAAAUUGAACUUAUGUCUUAUUAAAUUUGUAGUUUGUGUUAUUAAGAUAUGUUUACAAUAAAUAACAUCUCUAAAAUAUAA